CAAAUAUUAUGAUAAUUUGAUAUUUUGUCGAAAAUAAUUCGAGAAUUAAUUAUAUCUUUACAAUGUGUCUAAUAGUUGGCACAUAGUUAGUUAAUGUCUACGCGUCAAACUCGUCUUCCGUCUGUUUUGGGCUUUGUUAUGGGAUUCACUGCAAUCUUUAACUGAACGGCAUUAACGAGGAACACAUAAACAUGUAUUUUGUCUUUCUUAUGCAUAAUUAAUGAAAUUAAAUCCUACGCGUCUCCGGACUUGAACUUGGGCGCCACUGGCAGAGGUGAGUUUAGCAUCAGAAUGAAGAAAUCAUAUAAAAAGCCGGCAGAAGUUCCAGUUCGAUAUCAGUAAGCCUUCUCAAGUCUUCCAACAAUCAAUAUGAAGUUCUUCAUUGCUUUCGCCUGCCUGUUGGCCGUCGCCCUCGCCAACGAAGACGCCAAUGUUCUCCGUUCCGAGCAGGAAGUGAAUGUGGACAACUUUCAGUACGCUCUUCAGCUGGACAACUCGGUCGAUGUGAAGCAAGAGGGUAAACUUAACGGUAAAGAGUGGAUGGUGAAGGGAGAACAGGCGUGGCGAUCUCCCGAAGGUGUACCCGUUUCCAUCCAAUACGUUGCCGAUGCCAACGGUUACCAAGUAGUGGCUGCCAACCCUCCUCUGCCCACCCCACCCCCAAUCCCAGCGGCCAUCCUGCGUGGCCUGGAGUACAUUGCCGCCAACCCACCCAAGCAAUAA